AUGGCAGACUCCGCCUCCAUUGAGGAGGCCAAUAAGAUUCGAGCCAGUCUCGGCCUUCCAGCACUCGGCGUCCCCGGCGCAAACCCGACGUUUAAAGAUGAAGGCGAAUCCGAAGGUGAAGAACAGGCGAGCACUGUUGAUACCCGCCAAGCCCAGAGCUAUGACAACUGGGAAAAACACCAAGAGGAACAAAAUGCCAAGCGCCGCCGAGACGAGAAGGCUGCCGCCAUCAAGAAAGCACGCAUCAUCGCCCAGCGAAAUGUGAAACUGGAAGGUCCCACACUGGGCGAGGACGACGGUGGCGAUCUCGAUACGAAGGCAUGGCUCAUGCAGGCGAAUAAGCGACAGAAGAAAAUCGAAAAAGAGCGCGCGCGCAAACUUGCCGAGGAAAUGGCAGAACGAGAGCGUCUUGAGGCUAUCGAAUACACUUCUCUCGAUCUGGCUGGUGUCAAAGUUGGACAUACUCUCGGCUCUCUCGAAGACGGGGAGGAUCAUAUCCUUACUCUCAGGGAUGCCGGAGUGAACGAGGAUGCAGAAGACGAGCUUCAGGAUAUUCACUUGGUUGACCAAGAAAGAACCAAGGAGCUGAACGAGAUACGGAAACGCAAGGCUGUCUACAAUCCUAAUGACGAGCAGGAAGGCAUUCUCCAGCAAUAUGACGAGGAGAUUGACGGCAAAAAGCGAAAGAGAUUUACGCUCGAUGGAAAAGGAUCGACCGCCGAACAACGUGAAGCCAAGCGACAAGAGAUUUCGGAGAAGUUAAAAAGAGAAGUUAUCAGCCUCGACUUUCAACCUGAUGCUCCAAUCUCCGACUACAUGGAUAUCUCCGAGAUCAAAAUCAAGAAACCUAAGAAAAAGAAGGCUAAGAGUACACGACAGCGACCUGUCAACGACGAAGACAUUUCGCCCGCUGAUAAUACGCCGAUUGCGGAUAAUGGAUCUAUGGACAUUGACUCGACAAACGGAAUCACAACUCUGGCACCCCGCAAGUCAAUUGAUCACAAUACCUCCUUUGUGGAUGACGACGACCUUCAAGCGUUACUUGCGGUCCAGCGACGUGCUGCAUUCAAGAAGCGCAAGAAGAUGCGUCCGGAAAACGUUGCCAACCAGCUGCGUGAAGAAGAAUCUCAGACUCCCAUGGAAACGGAUACUCCUCAGGAUGAUGAAGAAGAACCUGGUUUGAUCCUCGACGAGACGAAAGAGUUCCUUGGCAAUCUUUCUACCGACCUGAUUAAACAAAAGGAGCGAGAUAGCCGUCCAGUUAAAAUUCCUGCUCCUCAAUCUGAUGAGGGUUCAAUGGCGCUGGACGAGGCACCCACUGUGGUAAUUACUGAGGAUAUUGACAUGGAUCGACCCGAUGACCAAGAGGAUAACGACAGCGAGGAAUUCAACAAUCAAACUGGGAUUACCGGUACUGGAAUGGAGGAACCUAGUUUGGACGUGGGUAUCGGAGCUACUCUUAACCUGCUACGCCAGCGUGGUGUUGUGAAGUCAGACGCCAGCGCGCAAAACGCACUUGAACGCGAUCGUGCGCGCUUCGUCGUCGAGAGAAUCCGUCGCGAAACCGAAUUUGCAAACCGGGCCAAAAUCCAGCGCGAGAAAGACCGUCAAUCUGGCAAACUCGACAACAUGUCUGCCCGCGAGCGUGAAGAACACACGUCCCGGGAGAGUAAGCAGCGUGAACAGAUGGAAGCUCGCCAAACGGCCGAACUCUUUGAUCGUGAGUAUAAGCCCAAUGUGCAACUCAAGUAUGUCGAUGAAUUCGGUCGCCAUAUGAACCAGAAGGAGGCGUUCAAGGAACUGAGCCACCAGUUCCACGGCGCAGGAAGUGGCAAUAUGAAGACAGAGAAGCGUCUCAAGAAGAUCGAGCAGGAACGAAAGCGCGAGGCCAAGUCUGUUUUUGAUCCCGUCUCUCUGAGCACUGAGGCUGCCCGCAAGAAGGGCCAGGCUGGUGUCCGAUUGCAGUGA